AUGUCACACUACAUAUGCAAUCAAUGUGAUGGAUCGUCAGGAGAUGAGAAAAAUUAUAAUGGUGAAUUGAUUAAUGAAAAAAUGAAUAGCAGGAUGAAUCAAAAUAAUAUACCAAAUAAUGACACGAAUAAUGAUUUAAAACAAAAUGAAUCAUCGACAAAACACAAAAAACCUUUCAAGAGGCAACUUACAUCAUCCAGCUACAUUGGAGAUAAUUACCCAAAUGAUGAAGACAAUGAUUAUUUUAUAACUGUUGGUAAAAAUAGCAAACGCAAACAAAGAACUAAGGACGGCAACAAUGAAUUUGAUAACAAUGACGAAAACACUCUAAUCAUAGACCACGUAAAUUCUUCAACAACAGCUCCGAAUGUAAAUACUGGACGAACAUUUCUAAACAGCAAAAGUAAAAUAAAAAGUAAUGUAAACAAAAAUGAAAUAUCCUAUGCACGUCAAAUGAAUCAUGCACAGAAAGAAAAUAUACAGAAUGACAAAAAUAUACAUGAUAACUACAAUAUGUCGGAUAAUAAUAAAGGAAAUAACGAAAUGAUGACUGAAUCUCUACGAAUUGAAUUAAAUAAGAAAUCAAACACGAACGAAAAUAAUAAACUAAAUGAAAACAAUAAUUCGAGCAUUCAAAUCUCACAGCAUGCUUUACAUUACGCUGUUGAAAACCAUCUAUCUCCAAUAAGAUUAGAGUGCAUGCCAAAAAUAAAUGAAAAUAACCAAGGAAAAGAAGUAAUAAAAGCACUUUUCUCAUAUAUGGAAAAAACCUUUCGUCAGAAAAAUAAAAACUAUCAACAUCCGCUAGGUUUUGAUUACUGGUACAUAAAUAAAAGCGGUGAUCUAAUCUGCUACACGAAACAUACUGAACUAUUUGUAUAUUUAUGUGAACCUCAAAAUUACCCAACCGAACUCGAAAAUAUCUUGAUUACACCAACACGACCAAAACAUCUACCACCGCAACAUUCAAUUGUACUCAAAACUGUACCUAAUUACAUUACCAAGGAAGAAAUUGAAAUGGAAACUAAAAAGUCGUUUAAAUCAAUAUUCAAUUUAGAAGAAAUGAAAGGUUCCUUUACAGAUAAAUCCAGACAUAUUAGACUUGAACUUACAUCUAUUGAUGAAUAUAAUACAUUACUUAACAAUAAAGGAAUUACUAUAAAUGGUCAUAUAAUAAAUGCAUUUGAAUUUCUUUCACCACCACAGAUAUUAAUAUGCUCAAAAUGUAACGACCCUGGGCAUAUCAAACGCAACUGUAACUUUCCAUAUGAAGCAUGCAGAAGAUGUGGACAAGAUCGUACAAUAGGAGAACAUAAAGAAUGCAUUAUUAGCUGCCACAGGUGCGAACAAAACCAUUUAGCAACAGAUUACAAAUGCCCAUUUAUUAUUGAAUACCGUCGAUCAUUGGUUUACAAACUUAAACAACAACCCAAUCUAUUACCGUCUAAUAUGCAAAUGUUCAUUCCAAUUGAAUGUCGUGAAAAGGGCAUUAAAAAUAAUAUGAUACUAAAAAAUCCAUCUAACGAAGCGAACAAUUCAACAUUACAAUCCAACUCAACAAGAUUCAACUUAUUCUCUCAUGCCUGGCCAACAUUAAACAAAACAACAAAUAAUAAUAAUAUUAUCCCGUAUUUGAACGAUCAAAACAUAUGGAAAGAGUUAGAAUUAAAACAAGAUGAAAUUAAUAAAAAAAAUGAUGAAAUUAAUAGAAAAUUACAGUUUAUGCAAACAAAGUAUGAUGAUUACAUGAGCAAGAUGGGAUCGAUUAUAUUAAUAAUGUCACAGCAAGUUAAAAUUCAAAAUGAUAAUAUUGAAAGAUGUUACACAACAAUGAAUGAAUUUCUACCAAUAUUAUCAUCAAACCUCGAAGCAUUUCAAUGUAUAAUCACCAAACCUGGUAUGUUGAACCCACAGGAUAAUAAAAAUAGUUUGGAAACCCAAAACAUACUUAAACAUAUCUCACAAUCACUUGUCUUCAUAAAAGAUAGAAGUGAUUUUCUCACCUCAAAUCAAAAAAUACUUAGAUCUCUUGUUGAACAACAAAAUGCACUAAUGGCACAGAGUAUAAAUAGCUUAAUAUCUUUAAAUGAAUAA